UGUGUUUUACCUGCGACAUUUUACAUCUGAGCUUAAAGGUCAAAACUAAGCAAAACGUAUUCUUUUUAGCUGUUUAUGCAGGAAUUUUUAUUUGCUCUUGGAAGCCUCGAACGUUUUGAGGUAUCUCAAUCAAGUGUGACUCAUCAGUCUUACUCAUGCGGCUUCAUGAAAAAUAAAUGAAUCAUGGAGGACACACAAACAUUCAGCGAUGGAGAUUUUUCUCCAGGAUGCAGGGAGAGAUCAAAUUCACCAGAGCCCAGCUGUGUGUCCAUGAAGAGUGACCAGUCUAUGGACAACAUGAUAAAAUUUAAGGGAAAAAAGACAUCAACUGAUCUGAGGGAGAGAUCAAAUUCACCAGAGCCCAGCUGUGUGUCCAUGAAGAGUGACCAGUCUUUGGACAAAAGAAUACAAUUUAAGGGAAGAAACACAUCAACUGAUCUGAGUCGAUUCCACAGGGAGAGAUCAAAUUCACCAGAGCCCAGCUGUGUGUCCAUGAAGAGUGACCAGUCUAUGGACAACAUGAUAAAAUUUAAGGGAAAAAACACAUCAACUGAUCUGAGUCAGUUGCGCAGGCAGAGCUUAAACCCACUGGAGCCCAGCUGUGUGUCCAUGAAGAGUGACUUGUCUAUGUACAACAUGAUAACAAAGGGAAGACGCACAACUAAUCUGAGUCUUGACUCUCAGCUGAUCAAAAGCAGAUUCAAAUCAAAUCUUAUGAAGAAGUUUCAGUGUCUGUAUGAAGGAACAGCAAAGCAGGGAAACCCAACACUCCUGAAUGAGAUCUACACAGAGCUCUACAUCACAGAGAGUGAAAGUGGAGAGAUCAAUAAUGAGCAUGAGGUGAGACAGAUUGAGACACAAUCCAGGAGAGCAGCAACAGAGGACACACCAAUCAAAUGCAAUGACAUCUUUAGACCUUUACCUGGACAAGGCAAACCCAUCAGAACUGUGUUGACAAAGGGAGUCGCUGGCAUUGGAAAAACAGUCUCUAUGCAGAAGUUCAUUGUGGACUGGGCUGAAGGGAAAGAGAAUCAGGACGUCCAGCUCAUAUUUCCACUUCCUUUCAGAGAGCUCAACUUAAUGAAGGACAAAACACUCAGUCUUUCAGAUCUUCUUCAUGUCUUUUUUCCUGAAACCAAAGAAAUGAAACCAUUAAGUGAUGAAUAUAAAGUCUUGUUCAUCUUUGAUGGUCUGGAUGAGUGUCGUCUGUCUCUGGAUUUUCAGAGUGAUGUGAGUUUCUGUGAUGUAAAUGAAUCCACCUCAGUAGAUGUGCUGCUGACGAAUCUCAUUGCAGGGAAUCUGCUUCCCUCUGCUCUCAUCUGGAUCACCUCCAGACCAGCAGCAGCUGAUCUCGUCCCCUCUGAGUGUGUCCAUCGAGUGACAGAGGUAAGAGGCUUCAAUGACCCACAGAAGGAGGAAUACUUCAGGAAGAGAAUCAGUGAUCAGAGUCUGACCAAUACAAUCAUCACACACCUGAAGUCAUCAAGGAGCCUUCACAUCAUGUGCCACAUCCCAGUGUUCUGCUGGAUCUCAGCCACUGUUCUAGAGAAGAUGUUGGGGAAGGCAUGGAAAGGAAAGAUCCCCAAGACUCUCACUCAAAUGUACACACACUUCUUGAUCAUUCAGACCAACAUCAAACAUGAGAAGGGCUUUGAGAAGAAAGUGAAGGAUGAAGACAUGAUUCUCAAACUGGGGAAACUGGCGUUUCAGCAGCUUGUGAAAGGCAACCUGAUCUUCUAUGAGGAAGACCUGAGAGAGUGUGGCAUUGAUGUGACAGAAGCAUCAGUGUACUCAGGACUGUGCACUCAGAUCUUCAGAGAGGAGUUGGGCUUGUAUCAGGGGAAAGUCUUCUGCUUUGUUCAUCUGAGCAUUCAGGAACAUCUAGCAGCUCUAUAUGCGCAUAUCUCCUUUACAGACAAGAAUAGAAAUGUGUUUGACAAAAUCGGCAAACAAAGGUUGUUAUCUAUGGUUUUAAACCUUAAGAAAUCUAAUUCCAUAUCUGAGCUGCAUCAGAGAGCUGUUGAUGAGUCUUUACAGAGUAAGAAUGGACAUCUAGACCUUUUCCUGCGUUUUCUUCUGGGUCUCUCAUUGGAGUCCAAUCAGACUCUCUUACAAAAACUACUGACACAGACAGGAAGCUGCUCCUACAGCAAAGAGGAAACAGUUCAGUACAUCAAACAGAAGAUCAGGAAGAAAUGCUCUCCAGAGAGAUCCAUCAAUCUGUUCCACUGUCUGAAUGAACUGGGUGAUGAUUCACUGAUGAAGGAGAUCCAAGAUUAUCUGAGAUCUGGAGAAAUAGGAAAAACCAAACUUUCCUCUUCACAGUGGUCAGCUUUGGUUUAUGUGUUGCUGACAUCAGAGCAGAAGAUGGAAGAGUUUAAGCUGAAUAAGUUUGUUGGAGCACAAAAUAAAGCAGAUGAAGUUCUUCAGAAUCUGCUGCCUGUGGUUAAAGAAUCCAGAUCAGUUCAGUUGAGUGAUUGUGGUGUCACAGAUGAAGGUUGUGUUGCUCUGGCUUCAGCUCUGAGAUCAAACCCCUCACACCUGAGAGAACUGGAUCUGUCUAAAAAUAAACUAAGAGCUUUAGGAGCGAAUCUUCUCUCUGCUGGACUUACAGAUCCUCACUGUAAACUGAAGAUACUGAGGUUGAGUGAUUGUGGUGUCACAGAUGAAGGUUGUACUGCUCUGGCUUCAGCUCUGAGAUCAAACCCCUCACACCUGAGAGAACUGGAUCUGACUGGAAAUAAACUAGGAGACUCAGGAGUGAAUCUGCUCUCUGCUGUACUGAAGGAUCACUGUAAACUGGAGAUACUGAGGUUGAGUAAUUGUGGUGUCACAGAUUGUGCUGCUCUGGCUUCAGGUCUGAGAUCAAACCCCUCACACCUGAGAGAACUGGAUCUGUCUGGAAAUAAACUAGGAACGUCAAGUGUAAAUUCACUCUCUGCUGUACUGAAGGAUCCUCACUGUAAACUGAAGAAACUGAGGUUGAGACAUUGUGAUGUCACAUAUAAAAGUUGUGCUGCUCUGGCUUCAGCUCUGAGAUCAAACCCCUCAUACAUGAGAGAACUGGAUCUGACUGGAAAUAAACUAGGCUCAGGAGUGAAUUUGCUCUCUGCUGUACUAAAGAAUCCUCAUUGUAAAUUGGAGAUACUGAGGUUGAGUGAUUGUGGUUUCACAGACGAAGGUUGUGCUGCUCUGGCUUCAGCUCUGAGAUCAAACCCCUCACACCUGAGAGAACUGAAUCUAUCUAAAAAUGAACUAAGUGUGUCAGUAGUGAAUCUGCUCUUUGAUGUACUGAAGGAUCCUCAGUGUAAACUGGAGAUACUGAGGUUGAGUAAUUGUGGUGUCACAAAUGAAGAUUGUGCUGCUCUGGCUUCAGCUCUGAGAUCAAACCCUUCACACCUGAGAGAACUAGAUCUGUCAUGUAAUAAACUAAGAUACACAGAUGUGAAGCUGCUCUAUGAUCUGAAGGAUGAUCCACAUUAUGAACUGAAGAUGCUUCUGUUUGGAUAUACAGAAUCAACAGACACAAACCCAUAGUGAUCAUCACACAUGGAUGUGUUGGAGUAACUUUCCAUAUCAAACAAAUCCUUGAUCCAAAGUCAGACAAGGAAACCUAUUUGUUUCUUCUUCAGAUGUGACAUUUCUACUGGUACCCCAUUAUACAUGAUAAUAUUACUAGUUGUUUAUGGCAGUCUGUGUACAAAUUAUGUAACUUAUUUGACCUCAGGUACAGGCCACAAACCUGAGAGAAACCACCCAGCUCAGAUGAGCUCUAACAGUGUUAAAUUGAGGGAAAACGGACACAUCAAAUUACAUUUUACACUUUAGUUAGCAUGUCCUGACAGAAUGACUGUCCACAUGAAUCACUGUGUAAAACUUAUAUCUGAAUAGCCUGUAAAAAUGUAAAAAUUUACAUGUAUUAAAAUGUAACAAAAACUUUUAUAAAACAAAAAACUGUUGUUUCAUGCAUGCCAUUUCUUGGUGUAUAUGGAAGUAGUUGUUUUUCUCCAGUUCCAGAAGCUUCAGUAUUUUUGAGGCAAGCCCCUAAACACAAAACCUAGAUGGAGAAUGAGACGAGAUUCAGAUGAAUAAGAGACUCUUUAUUGACACUUUUCAUGGUAGUAUGUAAAUAGAUGUUUAUGAUGUGUAAUCUUGUAUAUUUAAAUGUACAACUAUUCUGAGAACAUCUGAAUCUC